GGGACCCGGGGUCCCCUGGCGUGCGCGCCGCCGCGACUGGUACUGAAGGCGUUGCAGUUCGCACUCAGCGCUCGGGCGUUCGGCGGUGAGGAGGGAACCUACCUCCACAGUACGGAACGGUUUGUCCCCGACACGGGAGGGUAAAGCGCUGACACGCGUUGGAUGCCGGCUGCGUGCGCGCUCACAGAGAGCUAAAGGCGCGUGAGACGUGCAUGGGGCCUUUCUGAGCCUCUGGGUCCCUUUCGUGCUGUCAGAGGGGGAUAAAAUCACGUGGGAAGGUUUUGUUUGAAGGAGCUGGGCUUGCCGAGGAUAGAUGGGACUAUUACGCUUUGCGUUAUGUUAGGUGAUGAAGAAGUAUGUUUGGCAUUACAAACUGUAGGUCUCAAAGUGUACCCCUAGACCAUGGAAGUAAGAUUGUCCAAUAAUGAAAAACUAUAAGGUACUAAUUUGAAGUAUGAGAGUAGAGAUAUACAACGUUAAAGAAACAAAAUUUUACCAGGCCUUCAAGACUUGACUAUAUCCUGACAACUAAAGAAAGACUUUUUUCAGGUAUCCUUAUAAUAUUCUACUCAGUGUGUGAAUCUUUCUCAUCCUUGGGGGCUCAAUUAAAAUUACAUCCUCACAGGGGCUUGCUUGUUUAUGUGUUCAGGUGCCUAGUACAGUUUCUGGCACAUAGCAAAGACUCAGCCUAACUCCCUCAGCCCUCUCAAUGUUUGCUCAAACGUCACUUUUUUAAUGAAGGCUAGCCUGGCAACCCUAUUUAAAUUUGCAGCUUGGUUUUCUCACAUACACAAUUUCAAUCCUCCCUUUCCCAGCUCUACUUUUUCUUUUUCCUAUGAUCCUUGUUACCGUUACUUAUUUGGUUCACUGAUGAAUCCCAAGUGCCAAGAAUAAUGCCUCUCAAGCAGUAGAUGUAGGAUUUGUUGAUUUAAUACCUUUGCUGUGUUUCAUUCACACUAUAUAUAAAAUGCCUAGAUGGAUACAUUUUGAACAGUGUUAAUAUGUAAAUUGGGUCAGUUCUGGAAUCCUAACAAGAUUGUGUUUUUUACCAAUUCAGUAUCUUGCACUGUUGUUAAUUUAUCAAAGUAAAUGCCACUUUGUUAAGUCUUGGUUAGGAAUCUUUGUACACUUUCCUGUUAAGCUCCUGGAGGGAAUACAUGUCACAUGACAGGAACAGUAUGAGAAGCAUAGAAAUGGGAAGGUAGAAACACUGUAACAGUUAACAUUAUAGAGCAUUUCAUACUUGCCACGCACCAGUGCUUUAUGCUCCUUAACCCAUUUAAUCCUAUUGACCAUUCUGUGAGAUGGGAACAUUUUAUAAAUGAGGCAAUUGAAGCAGCUAGAGGUUAAACUACUUGCCCAAGGUUAUUAAGUUAGUAAGUGGUAGAGCCAGGAUUAAAACUUAAGCUCUGUAAGUGACUAUAAUUAAUAAUAUUGUAUUGUAUAUUUGAAAGUUGCUGAGAAAGUAGAUCUUGAAAGUUCUCAUCACAAGGGGAAAAAGAUUGUAACUAUGUGAGGUAAUGGUUGUUAGCCAAGCUUAUUGUGAUAAUCAUUUUGCAAUAUGUAUAUCAACUCCUUAUGAUGUACAUCUUAAACUAAUACAAUAUUAUAUGUCAAUUAUAUCUCAAUAAAACUGGUGGGGGGUGGGGGGAACAACAUUAAGCUUUUAACCACUUUGUUGUCCUGCAUAUGCAGGCAAGAGUCAAAGCCUUAACCUUAGGGAGGAAUGUGUCACAAGGUCUUUGAAAAUCUCCAGAUCCACAGACACCAUUCAGCAUAUUAGCAUCCACUGCACCCACUCCUUACUGAGUCUCCCCUUGGAUCACAAUGUAAGAGGAUCCUGUCUGCUGUCCAGGCUGCCUCCCUCCCUGUCUGAGCUCUGGAUCCCAACACCAUCACUAGGUCAUGGAUCUCCUUCACCAGUGUUGCCUGCUCUUUCCUGACUCCUACCAGGAUCUAAGCACGCUCAGUUCGCUUCCAUUUUAAGUGCUCUCUUAACUCCACAUCUCCUUCUAAUUACUGCCCUUAGCUUUUCCACUUUGCAGCUGGAAUAUACUCACUGUCUCCACUCAGCACAUUUCAUUCUUGCCAGCAUCACUAAUACUAAUAAUCUUGAUCCUGUUAAUUCUAAUAAAUCCCUUUCAUCCUUAUGUUAUUUAUCUUCAACAUUUGGCAUUAACCAUCUUGUCUCCUUGAAGCUUCUGUAAUACCAUAUUUAAAAUUUUCUUCCUUCUGUGCUAAGCUUUUGGGAGAUCUCCUACCUUCCUCUGCAUAUCCCAUAAAUGUUGCUUUUCAGGGUUCUAAGGCUCUUACGUCUCCUUACUGAAUCCCUUCUGGAUAAUCUAGUGCCCUUGCAUGGCCACCAUUAAUCUGUUUAGCUCUGUGCCAUUAGCUGCUGGAUAACCAUAGACUCUGUUAAAGUUCAACAUGGUCAAAAUGAACCCAUAUCUUGACCACAUGCCUUGUCUUCCUGUGAAAUCUGUCCUAGGAAAUGUCACCUCUUUCUCUCCAUUUUUCCAGGUCAGAAAUCAGGGCAUACUAUUAAUAAAAGAGCUAACAUUGUGUGCUUUCUGUGUGCCAGGAACUCUUAAAAGCACUUUACAUGUACUAGCUUAUUUAAUCCUGAUACAAGUUCUGUGACUACCCAGAUACUACAGAAAAGGUAUCUCAGACACAGAAAUGUCAACUCAGCUUCUAGGAGGAGCUGGGAUUUGAAUGCUGGCACUCUGGCUUGAGCUUAUAAUCAAUAUGCCAUAAAGGAUAUGACCGUUGACUUCUCUCUCUCACCCUCAUUCAACCAAUUACCAGCAUGCUGAUCCCAGUUUCAAUGAAGAAUUGCUUCCAGUUACUUUGUAACCUCAAAGUCCCAGCAUCUGGUUUUAAAAACACAGUAAAAAGUGGGCUCAUUUUACAGUCCGUUUCCAAUGAUGUUUACCAUAAUCUGGCUGUAGAAGACUGGAUCCAUGACCAUAUGAAUCUAGAAGGCAAGCCAGUUCUUUUCAUUUGGAGAAAUUCUCCUUCUGUUGUCAUUGGUAGGCAUCAGAAUCCUUGGCAGGAAUGUAAUCUGACUCUGAUGAGAGAAGAAGGUAUAAAACUGGCUCGAAGAAGAAGUGGAGGAGGAACAGUCUACCAUGAUAUGGGAAAUAUCAAUUUGACUUUUUUUACAACCAAAAAAAAGUAUGACAGGAUGGAAAAUCUAAAAUUAGUUGUGAGAGCUCUGCGUACUGUCCAACCCCGGCUGGAUGUGCAGGCUACCAAAAGAUUUGACCUCGUACUUGAUGGACAGUUUAAGAUCUCAGGAACAGCUUCUAAGAUUGGCCGGACUACUGCUUAUCACCAUUGCACUUUAUUGUGUAGUACUGAUGGGACAUUCUUGUCAUCUUUGCUGAAGAGCCCUUACCAAGGGAUCAGGAGCAAUGCCACUGCCAGCAUACCUUCCUUAGUAAAAAAUCUCCUGGAAAAAGAUCCCAGUCUGACCUGUGAAGUACUGAUGAAUGCUAUUGCUGCAGAGUAUGCUGCUCAUCAUCAAAUUGAUAAUCACAUUAACCUAGUAAACCCAACAGAUGAGACACUGUUUCCUGGAAUAAAUAGCAAAGCCAAAGAGCUGCAAACCUGGGAGUGGAUAUAUGGCAAAACUCCAAAGUUUAGUAUAAAUACUUCCUUUAAUGUGUUAUAUGAACAGUCACACUUGGAAAUUAAAGUAUUUGUAGACAUAAAGAAUGGAAGAAUUGAAAUCUGUAAUAUUGAAGCACCUGAUCAUUGGUUGCCACUGGAAAUAUGUGACAAAUUAAAUUCAAGUUUUAUUGGCAGUAAGUUUUGCCCAGUUGAAACUACUAUGCUAACAAGUAUAUUACAUAGAACGUGUCCAGAAGACAAUGAACUACACAGUAAAUGGGAUAUUCUUUGUGAAAAAAUUAAGGGAAUAAUGUGAUUGCAAGUAAAUUUCUUAAUAUUGACAGUUUCAAUGAGAAAAAUAAAAAUUUUAAUGUGCAU